UGUUCGCAGUGUCCAAUAGGAACGUACGUUGUCGAAACGUGUAGCAAGUCCAAGGAUACUGUGUGCAGGGAAUGUCCAGCAGGAAGUUAUUCCGCUCGUGAAAAUUCUUCGCGUUGUCUUCGAUGUACGGAUUGUGCCGAUUACGGAAUGUCAAAUGUCACAGAAUGUAAUGAGACGAAAGACACUACAUGCGGUUGUCCUGAAGAUACGUACUCGAAAAACGGAUCAUGUGUGCCGUGUUCGAAAUGUCCACCAGGAAAGCAGGUAUCCAAGACAUGCGGACACCAUUCUGAUACGGAAUGCAUGACGUGUCGACGAGGAUCGUUCUCGAAUCAAGAAAAUACCAAGACCUAUUGCGAAGCCUGUCAUGUGUGU